ACCUCUGGAGUAAUACUCCCGGCGGGAAGCGAAAGAAAGCUGCUUCGUGAGCUAACUUCGCCGCUGGCUUGACGCCAAAAGACCAGAAUGAUGGCGAACCUGCUGAACCGAAGCUUCAGAACGCACCGUCGGACGCACAGCACGCCUCCGGGCGGCAUGGUGACCGCCACGGUGACCGACCGCAUUCCAAGGAACAACACCCUGUCCGCGUCGAGGGCUGCGCUUACCGACGUUCCCGAGCACGAGGAACUGCGAAGUGGCGGCAGGAGACAAAGCUCGCUCGGCCUCUUGUCUGCAGCAGCGUCGACGACGCCGGGCUCAAUUCAGGACGCCAAGGUUUCCCUCGUAAAGUACGCCACGCUGAAUGCAUCGGGAGGCGCUCUGCCCAAGAACCGCGACUGGCUGCGGUUGCAACACGCCAUCCGACGUCUAUUCAAGACCAAGGACGCGUGCUUAGAACCUGGAGAAAUGGCCGCUCUUCAUGACAAAAUACGGACUCUAGGAAGCUCAAAGGCAGGUCCCUUCCUUUUCGACUCGAUCAAGCACGAAAUUGAAGUCUGCCUGACAGCUCUUUUACGAAAGCUGCAAGCUGUGCCAAGAGAGGGACUGCUGGAAUCGCUGUCUUCCGAGUGGGAAAACUUGUUCCGACAUGUCCUGCCCACGCUUGACAUGAUCUUGUACGUCGUCAAGGGUAAAGGCUCAAUGACAGUAAGACAAGCAUUUCUUGUGGUAUUCCGAGAUGCAGUCGUGACAAAACUGGAUCUUGAAGAUCUCAUCAACGAAGAGACUCGCCAUCUCGUCCCCGAGGGAAUCCGGCAUAUGCUUCUGAUUCUUUAUAACAUCAGUGACAGUUAUCCACCAUCGAAGACAAAACUAAAGCUUGAAGGGCUUCUCGCACGGCUACUAGUUCCCUUCUUGGGAUUUCAAGGCUUAUACGAAGGCACGCCUGAGCCAACGGUGAAAUCUGCCGAGCCGGAGGUCGCCGCACGCCGAAAGUCAGCAGAUGGCGUGCCGCUGCCCAGGAAACUGUCUCGACCAAUGAGCUCCCAGCCUCGCCAGAUCGAAACUCUGCACGAGCUUUUCCUUACGGCGCUUCGGAAGCAGCCAGAUUUUUAGCUGUUUACAAAUUUCCUGCAUCCGCAUUGUACAUAGUGCAUUGUCACUGUAUACGACAAGGAAUUUAUUAAAAAAUUCCGCUGUUUCCAUU